AUGUAUCGAUCUUUGUGGUGUAAAUUGGGAGUUAAUCCGAAGAGAACGGCUGCCAUCAUCAAUGGAGUAUCUUACUCUUCAUCAUUAACACCAGCAACACCUAAGUAUUUUCUAUUCAGAAUACAAGAUCUAAAUGUUUUUGUAAUUUCAAAAUCUAGGGUUACUUCCAUUUUCUCUUCGUUCUCUACUGAUGCAGCUAGUGAUGGUAAUCUUACUACUACUUCUUCUUCCUCAUUUGUUGUUUCCUAUCUGAUUAAUUCAUGUGGAUUGUCUGAAAAUGAAGCAAUUACUGCUUCUGAAAAACUCAAUUUCAAAACCACAACUAAACCCGAUUCAGUCUUAACUGUACUUAGAACUUACGGAUUUACUGAAACCCACAUUUCUAAAAUGAUAUCUAACUACCCAUCCAUCCUCUCACAUAAACCAGAUAAAACUCUUAAACCUAAAUUAGAUUUUUUCAAAUCCAAAGGGCUUUGUGGUAUUGAUCUUGCCAACUUUAUGUCAGAUGACCCAAAGAUCCUCAUGCAGAGCUUUGAUAAAGGAAUUAUACCUUCCUUUGAUAUCCUUAAGAGCAUUGUUCAUUCUGACCAAAAUGUCAUUAAAAUGAUAAGACGAAAUUAUUGGAUUCUCAGUCAAACCCAUGUUAAAAGGUUGAUGGUCAACCUAGAGCUUCUGAGAAAUGAAGGUGUAUCUGAAUCUAACAUAUCUAAGUAUUUAAUCUACCGACCAAGAGCAUUUACUGGAGAUGUGGAUGGUUUUAAAGAGAUUGUAGAGAAGGUUAAAGAUAUGGGUUUUGAUCAUUUACAAGGCACAUUUCUCAGAGCUAUACAAACAUUCACAUCAUUGAGUGAAGUCAAUUGGAGAAAAAAAGAGAAUGUUUACAAGAGAUGGGGUUGGUCUGAGGAUCACAUUCAAACAGCAUUUAGGAAAUUUCCUUAUUGUAUGACGGUCUCUGAAAAAAAAGAUCAUGGCGGUUAUGAAUUUCCUUGUGAACGAAAUGGGUUAUAA